AAAACCAAUAUGCUACUAUAAUAAGACCCUUAUCACAACUUCAAAAAUUUUCACGAUAACCUACUUUAUACUCUUCAAACAAGAAGGAGAUGUUGUAUACUUAACAAGAAAAGACGAAAUGACGGACAAAUAUUAUCGACUAGUGACCAUUUUGGUUAAUAUAUGUCCUGAUCCUCUGCGGGAGUUAUUUCUGAAACAGGCAGCCGCAGACCCUAAUCUCCAAACACCAUACACUACAUUAGAUGCUUAUUUAGCGUUCAGGAGAAAGGAUAUCAAUAAACUUACCCAAAAGCCAAAAUGUGUUCUACGAAAGGAUCAAUUUUAUUUGUUGUUCCCACCUGCAGGUCAAGGUCAAACAGAUAUCAUCGCGUGGGAUGUGACAUUAUUAACUGCUCUGUUGAAAAACAUUUUUAACUUAGCCCAAAAUGAUCUUGUGUGUAUCGAAAAUAUCAGGACAAUCAGAAAUGAUCUCCAACAUAUCGCAGGUACGUGUAAAAUAACUGAACAAGAAUUUAAGAAUAAAUACAAAAACUUAGCUGUGAACAUUGUAAACUUAGCAUUAUCUGUUAAAGGUCAAUCUUAUGCAGACAAGAUUGAACAAGAUAUUAAAGAGGUAGAAAGUUCUAUAUUAACAGAUCUAGGAGAAGUGCUAAGGUCAUGGUACAUGAGCAAAAUCGUAAAAUUGGAAGCAAAGAUAGAACACCUUAAGGAUCAGAUAGAUGAAAUAAAACAAGAUACAGGCCAAACCAUGAAAACUUUAAAGAAAACCACUGUCAAGCGAACACGAGCCGGAGGUAAAAUGUCGAAACGCUUCAAAACUGUUGAUCAUAUACUUGAAAAUAUGAGAGAAGACUUUGCGUCUUUACUAACCAACAAACUUGACAGCGACUUUUCACCUCCGCCAGAAAGUGCAAAAAUCAUUGCAGAAAUCGACGAUAAUCACCUAGUGGUCGUGUCAGGAUACGGCAAAGGUCUGUAUCUACAAGCGGCACUUUAUGCUAUAAAUAGCAAGGGAUAUGAAGAGGACGAUUGCAUCCUAUGUUCAAGUCCCACAGACUGGCGUCAUAUCGGUAAGGAAGAUGCCAAGUUAGUUGUGUUCCUUCACCCAUUUGGCAAGAGUACAUUUGAUUUACAGAAAGCAAAAGACUUUCAUUCAAUUGUGGAUAGUAUUGUUGAAACAACUUCCUUUAGCGACAAUGAUGAUGUGCUAGAUGUUGUUAUAAUAAUGGACAAAUCAAUUUUAGAAGAAUGGAAAAGUUAUUUUAAUCAUGAUAUGAUGGAUCAACCAAUCGUUGUCUACAAACCAACCACUGAAGACUCACCUGUGGACCUUAUUGAAGGUGAGAGCAAUAUGUCAAAGGUUGAAGCAGAUCCACACUAUAAAAACUUACUUGUUCAAUCAAUUGCCUACAAUAAACAUCAUAGAGCAUGGAUGGCAGACGACAGCAUCCGGGAAAACGCGUUGGAAGGAUUCCGCUCUAAGAAGGUAAUCGUCAUUUCCGGUCCACGUUGCAGUGGAAAAACGACGCUUGCUCUCUCUCUACUGACGUCAUAUCAAGAUGGUCACUACCUCAUACUAACAGAACCGGAUGAUCUCAGUUGUGUCAGAUUUGGUGUUACCUGUGUUGUUAUCAUCGAAGAUCUUGGGGGAAAGUACUCGUUCGAAAAGUCCGUCAUUCAAAAGUGGUUGCGGAAAUUUGAUAUGCUCUACUCGGCAGUCAAAGAUGGAAAAUUAAACGUGAUCAUCACAUGUCUAACAGACCGGUUGCUAUCAUGCGUUCACGAUUCAAAGCAUCCAAUGCUUGAAACUGUCAUUGAAUUACCGAAAGAUUGUUCUGUUGAAAUCAAGAAAGAGUCAUCGACAGAUGGUAAUUCUGUAGUGUACGCUGGAAUAAGUACGAUCACAUCAUCCUAUAACAGAGUAAAGAAGAUCCAAACGCAUACAAUUAAAUCUCCUGAAAAUGUGACAAUUUACAGGACGACAGAAUGGUGUCAACAUCCAGAUGGGUCAUUUCUCUAUUUAGCCAACAUACGAGUAUCAUCAGUUGAUGAUGAUGAAGAUGAUUCCAUCUAUACAUCUCAGAUAUAUAAAACUGUUAUUAUUCAUAUCAGUUCAGACUUUGAAUACCAGUGUUACUACAAUACUGAUAUAGAAGAAGACUGGUAUUAUAAAAAACAUAUCUGUUGUACUGAUACUGGGGAUGUGUUGAUUUAUGUGGUUAAUCAAAUAAGAUUGUACAGAAUUUCAAGCGGAAAACUUCAAUUCAUCAAAUCUACAAAUAUGGAGUUUUCCUGCUCAAGUAUUUCCUACUUCAAGAAUAAGAUUUACUGUUUUACUGAUGAGGAAUCAUUAAUUCUAGAUACAAAUCUAGAUAUAAAGAGAAGAGUAGAACUUAUGGGAAUUGGUGUCGACAAUAUUUUACCAUGUUCAUUACAAAAGUACAUUAGUAUUUUUGAUUUUCUCAAUAAAUGUAUCAUAUGUGAGGAUUCCAGACUUAAGCAACUUAAAUAUUUAAGAAAGGAAGGAUUUCUACCUAUGUGUAUGUGCGCUGCUACUGAGGAUAGCGUAUUUGUAUUUGGGAGACAGACUGGGGUCUUCAAAAUUGUACAGGUGAACACUGACAUGACCCUGCUCUCAGAAAUAUGUAUAGAAAGAAAUGAGUUGGACCAUAUUGAUCUGUGUUAUGAACAUAAAAUAGUGUUUGACAAAGAUAAUUCCAGAUUAGUCAUAACAUCAAUUGGUGACGAUGACGAAUUCGUAAUGUUUCAUACAAUAUACUUAGAGUGAACUGAUUAUAUACCAGUGUUCCAUGUAUAUUUUUUCUCCAACAUAGACAGUCUAUGCAGUUUCACUGUACUUACCUGCUUUAUUCAUAUUCAUAAACAAAACGAUGAUUUUAAUUUCCUCAUAUUUUAUACUUCAGUAAAAUGUUUUCUUUUUCAAACAUGCUAUAGGAAAACUGUGAAGAAAAAUUAUUUCAUAAUCUAUAGAUUACUUUAUAUUUUACAAUUUAUUAAAGUCAAAUUAUCUCAACAAAUAAAUGGUGUGUAAAACUGGAUAAAUCAUACUAUAGUCUGUCCCACCACUUUUAGAAAAAAUAUGUUUUAUUCAAUAUAAUAGUAAACACUUCUAGCUUUGUAACCCUUGAGUCAGUAUCUCUGGGCAGGUUUUCACUUUGUUUUUCAAAAAGAACAUAAAAUUAUAAAAUUGUUAACUUAUUUUUUAAAAUUACUUUUUGUUUGUUUUAGAUAAAGAAUAUAUCGUUAACACUAGUUAUAAUCCAGAAACAUAUAUUUUCUACAAGUUCCUCAAUAAUACGGUUGUAUGUGUGCCAGUUGUCGUUACAGACGGGUCAGUCAUAAAUGAUCAUAUACCUAAAUGUUUGUUUUUAAAGAACUCAACUGAGGUCAAACACAUAAGAUUUUAAUUUCCUACACUGGUCAAAAAGAGAUUUGUAAAAAAAAAUCAGAAAUAUACUUUGAAAUUAAUUGGAAAUUAUAGCCCGAUUUGAGUGAAAGGCGUUGCAGUAUUGGUGUAUACAUUGAUGUUUACGGUCAUUUUUUCAUAAUAUUUAAUUAGAAUAAUUAUCCUAGAAAAUGAUCUGAAGUUAACACAUUCAAAAUUUAUUGAUCUACACAUAUCAAAUUAAAUAUUAAUCUCUAAAGAUUAUUUCUAGUCCCAUCAUGUCAUAAAAGACUCAGUGGAGUCCCGUUAAUGCACACAAUUUUUUAUAUUGUUCAUAUUCUAUGCAUACAUGUCAAUUUAUCUUUAAAGGGAAUUUUCAAGUAAUUAUGUUUACAAAUAUAAUACUAGAAAACUUGCUUAAUGAAUUCUUUGAAAGUAUGUUUUUUACAUACCGUGAUUCUUGAGCUCACCUGUCACAAAGAGACAAGGUGAUCUUUUGUCAUCGCUUUUCGUCCGGCAUCUGUCCGUCCGUCGUCCAUUAAAUUUUACUUUAAACGACAUCUCCUCAUAAACCACUGAGCAAAUUUCAUUCAAAUUUCACAAGAAUGUUCCUUUGGUGGUCAACUUUGAAAAUUGUUCAAAAAAUUUAAUUCCAUAUAGAAUUCUGGUUGCCAUGGCAACUGAAAGGAAAGAACUUUAAAAAAAUCUUUUUAAAAAACCCUUAAGAGCUAGAGCAUAGAUAUUUUGCAGUAAUCAUCUUCUAGUGAGUGUCUUCUAAGUUUGUUUAAAUAAAAGCACUGAGGUCAAAAUUAGUCCCGCACAUUGGGAGGUCAUGGGUUUUCCCAUAUGUCAAUUGUAAAACUUAAAAAAUCUUCUUUAAAAAAUCUCAAAAAGCUAGAGCUUAGAUAUUUUGCAUGAAACAUCUUCUUUGCUUGUCUACCAAGUUUCUUCAAAUAAAAGCCCUGGGGUCAAAAUUGGUCCUGCCCCGGGGGUCAUUGAAUGUCCAUAUAUGUCUAAUGUAAAAACUUUUGAAAAAUAUUCUUUUGAAAACCCCAAAGAGCUAGAGCUAAGAUAUUAAGCAUGAAACAUUUUCUAAUGAGUGUCUACCAAUGUUGUUCAAAUAAAAGCUCUUGGGUCAAAAUUGGCCCCGGCCCGGGGGGAGGGCGAUUGAUUUUCCUUAUAUGUAUAUAGACCUUUUUACGACGCGGUCGGAUGCUAUAAAAAUUGACUGGAAGUGGUAGUUUUUCGCGCAUGCGCAAUUUGCGUAGGGCAAAAGAGCCUUGCCCUACAUAGAAAUGUAGUAUAAAUUCAUAGACAAUUCGGAGUUAGUUUAAGGUAAAAAUUAGAAAAUCAUAUAAAAUAGCUUUUAACAGAACACAAAAGAUGUCUUCAUAGCUUUAUGGACAAGAUUGGCUAAAAGGGUACGGAAAGACGAUUUUUUGAGAAUUCCCCCUUACGAUCACGACCCUGACAUUGAAAUUAUUGUUGUAAAAAAUGUUGAAAUAUAUAUAUUAGCAAAUAAGGAAGUCAAUUUAAUUGUUGUUGAAAUAUAAACAACAUAUAAAAUUUAUCUUAUUAUAACAUAUAAUAUAUAACAUUUAAAAUCGAGGUUAAUUAUCAAUCUGAAAAAAAGUCGGAACACGUGUUAUAAUGCGUUUUAGUUUUCAAUUUAGCUAAUUUAAUCCUUUAUCCGACUUGACUGAGAUGCCAAACAAAAAAAUUUAAGUCACAUAAUUAUAUAUUCAAAUAAUUUUUUAAACUCUUGAGAAGUUAAGAUGAGUGGUGGAAUAACACACAUUUUGUCCGGUUCCUUGUAACACAUGGAAAUGCACGUCACGUACACUAUUUGUCACAUCACAAAAUCAAUAAACAUUGAUGAGAUUGGUAUAAAUGAAAGUUACUUAAAUUACGAUUAAUCAUUUUCAUAGUUUUAAGAAAUUAAUAUGUCAUGUUACUAAAACGACCCGGUUGAAUGAUAAACUAGCUGGCAAAUAACAACCGGUCACGAGUCAACUUGUUUGACACUUACCGCCUUGCCAAUCCACUUUCAAAGGAAUAUUAUGUUAUACAUGGGUAAUAAUAUGUGAUCUUUAACACCCUGCUGUUUUAAUUUAAAUUACUGAUGAAAAAGUCACCUAAUGAUACCUUGAAUAGAGGACUUUUGUCCGCUAAUUUUGUGUACCUGUUAUAAAUAUCAAUUCACGUUUUAAGUACUUACCACCUCUUUUUAUCCCAAACUUUCUUUUAUCUGGGUAACAUAACUUGAAAUCACGCCUUUUAAAGCCUUAAAGUACACUAGAAUGUAAUCUUUCUUUAUUGAGCUUUGGCCUUACGCAGAAUGCGCAUGCGUUAAAAUGCAACAUACGUUGCUAUAGAAAAAUCGUACUGUAAAAAGUCUAUAGUAAAAAAAAAAUAUUUAAAAAAAACCCAGAGAGCUAGAGCUUAGAUAUUAAACAUGAUACAUUUUCUAGUGAGAGUCUAGAUUUUCAUGGAGUAAAUCUUUUUUAAAACACCCAAAGAGCCAGAGCUUAGACAUUUGGCAUGAAACAUCUUCUAGUGGGUGUCUACAAAGAAUGUUCAAAUAAAAGCCCUGGGGUCAACUAUGGGAGCCAUUGAUUAUUCUUAUAUAUACACAUCUUUUAGAACUGUUCUUUUCCCUAAGCAAUGGUAACCAGUAAUCUUUUUACACAUGCACUAAUUCAGAUACAAAUAUGAACUUUGUGAUAUCAGUUUUAGAUUUUAUAUUCUGCUUUUGUUUAUAGAUUACAAUAAUACUAAUAUAUGUUCCUUGUCAUGGAGAGUUUUAUAAACAGGUGAGCGAUUUUAAGGCCAUCAUGGCCCUUUUGUUUUUUCUUCGAAACAUUUCAUAUUAAAAACACAUACUUGGGACCUAAAUAUUGAUGUUAAAAUAGAUUACUAUUGACAUAAAGCUUUUAAAUACUCUAGAUGUCAAAAUAUGAUAAACAAGAUCAACAAGGAAAGGCGGCGUUCAAUGAACGCAACCCCCAUAUGACCCAGCAACCAACGGCAAGGAGCCCAGGCGGACCCCGAACAAAAACAGGACAGGGCAAAGACAGAGCACGGACAGGUUUAUCAUUAAAUGAUAAAUAAUUUGGAACUGAUUAGGAAUUCAAAGAAAAUAAUAAUAGGCCCACAAAGGGGAAGUGGACAGGAGACCGGGGGAAGGGGGGGGGGGUAAUUAAAGAAAUAAAAACUAGAGGCAAUGGGGAAGAUACUUACCGUAGACGAGAAAACAACAAGGGACACAAGCAAAAGUGUCACCAAAACAGUAUGAAACAACAUAGACAUACAUCUGAGGAACACAGUGGGGCGCCGCCUUGGAACGGUCAGCAGCAUAAUAAUGACUGCUGGGGAGUUUAAACCGGUUAAACCUACUUACUUACAACUACAUAUCCUGGAACUCUUUUGUGAACUUUUGAAUUGUUUGAUAACUAAUCAGCUGUUAUCCAAUCCCAAAUCUGAAAUCAUUUUAGCUGUUGGUUUAAACGAAAUAUUUCAAUUAAUUUUAUACAGUUUCAAACAGAAAAUGAUUAUUAUUAUGCAAUGUGUUGCCAUAGAAAUAUGUGGCUAAUAAAAGACAAGGAACCACUUAUGAGGUUCAGAUGAAUUCUUACUUCAAUAAACUUAUAUUCAAACUGUAAAAUUUGAAUAAAUUGUUUAUUUGAUAAUUCCAGGUAUGUGAUUGUCGUCAUUUAUUAUAAAAAAUAAUUUGUUAAAAGUAAUGUAAUUUUCAUAUCUACGUCUCACUAAACAUGUAAAUAUGUAGUCUACAUUAAUUAUGUACAUGUUGUUUUUAUAAAUAUCAUACUAUGUUUUGUUGUUAAACAAUUGUAUUUCCAAUUUUUAUCAUCCAAAUACUUUAUAACUGUACUUAUUGUUUAUGCAUUUAUUCAUUUUGUAAAUACUUAAGUGAUAUUCAUUUAUUAAUACUUAAUAUUCAUAAAAAGGCGUAUGUACCUAUUUUAUGAAAUAAAUGAUAAUUAUUAUCAAGUGAUAAUACAGACUAUUAAACUGAGUAACUGUUUAAAGAUGCAAAUUAGAUUUACAUUUUAAAAAGCUGUUUGACAUUGUUUUUGUGAAAUAAAUGUUUGUACAUAUUAAUUCCCAUUUUUGACCUUAUCUCACACAGAAAGCGAGUAAUUAACUUUGUAUCUUAAUGUAAAUAGAUUUAAGCUAAUAUUCCCAAUUAAAUGAAAAAUGUAUAACUUUAUAAGUUUGUUUAAAUAUGAUAGAUGACUUUAUACUUCAAUAAACUUAUGUUCAAACUGCUUAUUGUAUAAUCCAGAAUAAAACCAGUUUAUUUUCAGUAAUACUAUUCAAGUUCACGGGUUAGGGUACAAUAUUCGAAAGACGUUUUUUUAAUCACUCUAAGUAUAUUGAUGUUAUGACAAUGAAUUUCUUGACAACCUGUAUUGAAUUUAUCUUAGUGUGUGUAUUGUAAGCAUCAUGUUUUGAAAUAUUUUUCACUUUUUUAGUAUAGCAUACAGAUAUACAUGGCACAUAGUCCCUGUGUUUAUUUUAUCACAAGCUCAUGAAUGGAUAAUUUUACAGAGUGAACAUAUUAGCGGGUUAUUCAUAAAUAAACCAAACAAGUUUUGUGUAUUACAAUUGUAUUGCAGAGCGUUACACAUGUUAUUUUAACAUUUGAUAAAACACAAGAGCACAAAUAAUCGUAAAAAUACCCAUUAAACGAGUAUAAAUGAUAAAUUAUAACAUAUACAUAAAAUGUUUAUAUUAACGUAAGAUUAACCAACAAUAGAUUAAAAAUUCAUAGAGUUUUUGUAACAGAAUAUACAAAACGAGCAUACUUCGAUUUAAAAUUCAUUUUAUAUUAUAAACUAUUAUUUCGGAUAUGUCAUCAAUAUUUAAAAAUGGAUUAUUCAAAUAAAAACCAUGUGUUUACUUUUGUUUUCUAUUAUGAUUUAGCAAAGUACCUUCAUUUGAAACAAGAAUUAAACCCCAGCACGUUAUUACUCUGGUCAAAUUUUAAGCGCUAAAAAUUAUAAGAACUAAUAAAAAAAGCCCUUGAAUUAUGUAAGCGAACUAAAUUAAUUAAAAAUACUGUCAAUGUAGCAGUUUUUAUGUCGAACUACAUGAUUAUCUAAAAUUAGCUUCCAUCAAAUACUUUAAUAAUCUGGACAAAUACAUAACUUUUAGUCAGUUCAAGAUAUACAGUCAUAUGGAUAAAUGGUAUUAUGGCAGUAAAUUUAUAGUCAAGAACAACAAUAGGUAGGUGCCUCUUUGAAAAACAAAUCAUUUACAUUUCGUGCCUCUUUGAAAAACAAAUCAUUUACAUUUCACAUCAUCGUUGGAUACAGAAAUAAAGUUUAUCGUCCUUCUAAUGAUUACAGUUUGUAAAACUUAUAAGAUAUGAUCUUGGUCUCGUAAAGGUUUCGUUUACUGUUAAUAUCAAAAUUUUAUGAAACUGAACUUUAGCAUUUUCAUCAAACUUAGCAUUGUUAAUACGCCAUUGGUGUUAAAACUUCAAAUUUAAAUGUACUAUAUAGAAAUCGUUCACAAGUUUGUGCUAUAAAUAUGCUAAAAUGUCAUAAAUAUAAAGUCUUAACAAAAUAAAAAGGUUGUGAUUUAAAUCUAAAGUUUAAAAAAAUUAAAUAUCAUAUUUAGUGUACUCAUACAUCUUUAGAUACAUCGCACUUACACUUCUAAGAAGAAAUAAAAGUACUAUGCAUACAGUGAUAAAACAUCUGAUUGGCAUGAUCUUAAAAUUAACAUUCUAUAACUUCUUAUUAAAUAAAUAUUUAGGCCAGUAGUAGAACAAAAAUUUUAUUCCAUUUCAGAUUUGACUUCUUUGUUAUCAAAAUUAUUAGAAUACUUAUUUGCUUUGAAAGGUUCAGCUACAUUUGGCACACUUUAAUUAUCACAGACAGAAUCUUCCACAUGUUUGCAAGUAUUUUGAAUUUCUUCGCCAUUCGAACAAUCAUUAACAGUGUGAUCAGCACUGGGAAUUUUGUUCCGUAAAAUGUCAAAGUUUGUAUUUAUUUCAUCGUCAAUAGUAUCCUUAAUUUCAUUUUGUCGUUUUUCUGACACUAUUUUGCUUGUUACUGUGUCAAUAAAAUGUUUAGUUACAGGAUCACUAGAUAAUAUUUCUUCCUUAGAAACACUUGUAUCAAAGCUUUCACUAUCACAAUCCUUCUGUUGGAACUCAGAAUAGUUUAACUGUUUUUCCGAUAAAGUUACAUUGUCUGCAAUACAUUCUGUACUUUCAUUUGUUAAUGUUUCCCUGGACAUUUCAGUACUGUUUGAAAGACUAUCUUCAUAUAGUUUUGAAACAGUGCUACUUACAUUCCCAUCCUUGCCUAAAACAUUAUCAGUAGGUUGUUUUACAACAGGGUCAAAUUGUUUUAUUGCAGUGGUACUUGAAAUUAUGUCAUUGUUACAAUCAACGUCAUUGCACAGUUCUUUCAUUUUAACAG